AUGCGACUGCUACAUACCAAGAAGCUAAAGUUAGAAACACCCACGGGCGUGCGACCUUAUGCCAUCUUAUCUCACCGAUGGCUCGCAGACCAUGAAGAAAUAUCUUUCCAAGACUUGCAACACACGCAACCCAUUUUCCCUUCCAACGUUCAAAGCAAACAAGGCUUCACAAAAUUCAAAAGAGCGUGCGAGCAUGCCUUCCGAGCUCGUCUCGACUAUAUCUGGAUUGACACUUGCUGCAUUGACAAAACCAGCAGUGCCGAGUUAUCAGAAGCGAUCAAUUCCAUGUAUGCAUGGUAUAGGGACUCCGCUGUGUGCUACGUUUACUUGCACGAUGUCGGUAGCUAUGAGGACCCCCAAUUCGGUUUCGAAAACGCCGAGUGGUUCCAAAGAGGAUGGACCUUACAAGAGCUAAUCGCUCCAGAUAAUGUAUAUUUCUUCAACAAGUACUGGACGAGAAUCGGGAGCAAAGCGACCUUUGCGUCUAUCCUGAAUGAAAUCACCCACAUUCGCCAAGAUAUUCUGCUGGGUAACCAUCGCCAAUGCGAAUCCAGUAUCGCGGAGAAGAUGUCAUGGGCUGCAGGACGAAAGACACAGAGAAUAGAAGACAGAGCUUAUUCUCUGAUGGGGUUAUUUGGUAUCCACAUGCCCAUCAUUUACGGAGAAGGAGACAAAGCUUUCAAGCGCCUGCAGCUCGAGAUCAUGAAAUCAUCGGAUGAUCAAACCAUUUUCGCCUGGCACGAUUCACUGGCACAUCCACAUUCUGUCAGAAAUCGCGGAUUGUUGGCAUCUGCACCUGACGUUUUCAUGCGGGCUUCUCCGGUCGUUGCCAUUGAUCAUUCCGAUUUUAUCAACAUUCUUCCAGGAAGUCGCAGCCCCUUUCGCGGACUACCGCGCGGUUAUUCCAUUUUGAAUGACGGCAUUCACAUCACUCUUCCUAUGAAGCAAGUCGCAGAUGGGUGGCUUGCCGUCCUGAGAUGCAAAAGGCAAGGUCAGAAGCUUCCGUACGGGAUCUACUUGAAAGAAAGAUCUGGUUCCGAUGAUUUUCUACGG